AUGCGGCUUCCCAAUCGUGCCAUCCAUCGCGAACGACACCCUUCACCUACUGUUGAUGACAUCAUUCACUCACUUAAUGGUGCCAAAAAAUUCAGCAAGCUCGAUCUGCGAUCUGGAUACCAUCAAUUCGUCCUUGCACCAGAAUCAAGACACAUCACAACUUUUGCUACUCACAAGGGCAUGCUGUAUGGUGUGUUGAAAAAUUUCAGCAGCUGAUGAAGUGCCAAAAUUUUUCAACACACCAUACAGCAUGCCCUUGAAGGCAUAAAUGGUGUUUUAAACAUUAGUGAUGACAUUAUCAUUUUUGGCAACACAACAGCAGAACAUGAUAAAGCCCUGAAGGAAAUUUUUCACCGCCUGAGCGACAAAGGACUAACUCUGAAUCCUGACAAGUGUGUUUUUGACAAGGAAAAUCUUGAUUUUUUUGGCUACACGUUCGGUCCAGCUGGCAUGAAACCCGAUCCAAAAAAAGUCCUAGCAAUACACGAUGCCACCCCACCAACCAACACAGCAGAACUGCAUAGUUUCCUCAGUACAGUUAACUAUGUCUCCUGUUUUAUCUAUGACUUCUCCGCCAUCACAGCCCCACUUUGUGCUCUGACUCCCCAACAACAUCGGCAUGCUUUUGACGAGUUAAAACGUCGCCUCACAACUAGUCCUACAAUGGCCUAUUUCAAUCCUGCCAAGGACACUGAGCUUGUUGUCGAUGCUAGCCCUGUAGGCCUGGGUGCCAUUUUAACCCAGAAAACUAGUGACAGUGGGACAAAUAUUGUGGCAUAUGCUAGUCGCUCUAUGUCGCCUGUCGAACAAAGAUAUUCACAAACUGAGCACGAGGCUCUAGCCUGUGUAUGGGGAUGUGAAAAAUUCCAUCUUUAUGUAUAUGGUGCACCAUUCACACUGAUCACUGACAACAUCUUCAACAACCCGAAAGCGAAGCCUCCUGCUCGACUCGAACGUUGGAAUCUUAGAUUACAACCUUACAAUUUCACAGUUCGCUAUGAACCUGGCAAAACUAAUCCUGCCAACUACAUAUCUCGCAAUCCAUUACAAAACCAACCAUUGCAUGAGCAUAACAUUGCAGAAGAAUAUGUGUCCCUGCUGACAACAUCCACAGUUCUAAUUGCAAUGACACUAGCUGAAAUCCAGGAUGCCACAUUAAAGGAUCCAACACUACGAAAGCUUGCUGAAAUUAUUCGCUCUCAACAAUGGCACUCAGUCCUUGAUACAGAUCAUUCCUGUCCUAAUGACAAAGACAAGUACAAUUUAAGAGAUCUCAAAGCUUUCCACAAAAUUCGUCACGAGUUGACUGUUACUACAAACAAUGAUAUUAUCCUCAGAGGUUCUCGCAUUGUGAUGCCCACUACCCUGCGCCGCCGAGCUCUUGAACUAGCCCAUGAAAGACAUCAAGGGCUUAUUAAGACAAAACGAUUACUUCGCGAAAAGAUAUGGUUCCCUCGCAUUGAUCAACAAGCAGAAGAAAUGAUAAAGUACUGCCUUCCUUGCCAAGCUGCAAAUCCUGAAAGCAAGUUAGAACUGCUUAAAAUGUCACCCCUACCAUUGGGCCCCUGGCAAAAUGUUGCUGCAGAUUUCUAUGACCCACUCCCUACUGGACAAACCCUCAUGGUUGUUAUUGAUGAAUAUUCGCGUUUCGUAGAAGUUGAAAUCGUCUCCUCCACCUCUGCUGCAGCUGCUAUACCCAAACUUGACAAAAUUUUUGCAACCCACGGCAUCCCAGACCUGUUAAAAACCGACAACGGUCCACCAUUUACCAACCAUGCAUUCAAAGUCUUUGCCACAGAACUGGGUUUUAAACACACCGGAAGAUCACACCAUUAUGGUCAAAGGCCAAUGCAGAGGCUGAAUGUUUCAUGCGUACCCUGGGAAAAGCCAUUCGCACUGCACGAACUGAACAAAAAAAUUGGGAGAAAGAGCUUCAAAAAUUCUUGA